CCCGCCUACUCAAUGCCGAGCUCCUCCCGCACCGCUGCGGCCGUCGCCGCCACCGCGGCCAUCGCGACGCUCGUCCUCGCGCCACCCCCCGACGUCUCAGCCGCCCUCAGCGUCUUCGACAUGCGGAAUCUGGACAACUCCAUCGCAGCGCUCGGCCUCUGGCCCAACAAGGAGAUGGCCGCACGGGGCGACCUCGCCGGCUGGUGCAUCUCAAAAGAGUGCUUCGACAAGGCCUUCCGCGUUGAGCUCAAGGAGAGCGACCUCAUCAUCGGAGACUUCUCGGUGGCCACCUUUCUCGUCUCCAUCUUGGUUGCAGCCGCGCUGGCGCACGCAGGCAUGUGGCACACCGGCUUCUGGGCGCGAAAGCUCUUCACUUCAUACGACGCGAACAAGUGCCUGAUUCCGAGCCAGCUCCCCUGGCCCGACCCGCCUGGCAACAGCAAGCCGUUCGACGUGCCAGUGCCGGAGGCCACCGAGAAGCAGAUCGCCGACUUCCUUGCCUUCCGAGGCAUCAAGUGCCUCGCCUUUAAGAGCGACGAAGAGCAGCGCGAGGUGGCCGCGCGUGAGGCGGUCGCCUACAUGGGGGAGCUCUGGGAGCACAAGCAAAACGACUGGCAGCACAGACACUACGCUCUGCGGGAGAAGGGCCUCGUCUUCCCGUACCGCGCUCCCUUCAUGAACGACUGGAAUUUUUGGGGAGAGAUGUCGGCCAACUUUCGCGCCGUCGGCCAGGGGCAGGUCACGUUUGCCACCGAGCAUUUUCUGAUCGGCGUGCUCUUCCCGCUCAUCUACGUGGUUGGCAGGAACGAGUGGUACUUCUACUUUGGCAUGUACGCGGACAUGGCCUUCGAGUCUUACGAUCUGAUGGCGAUGUUCUGGCGCCGGCUGACGGGCGUCGACCGCACCGUCUCGCGGUACCACAUGGCCGUCGACUCCGUCUUUGUGCCGCACCACCUGUUCACCAUCGGCUUUGAAAUGGUCGCGCUCAUGGCGGGCCCGGGCCUCUCCAAGCCCUUCAUGUCGCAAGUGCUGCUCGGCGCGCACAUCACCGGCGGGCUGAUGCUCUCGGCGGUGUGCAUGCACCAGACGCCGGCGCAGUCGUGGCCGCGCUUCCUGUACCGCUUCCAGGCGUUUGUCCUCAGCGCACUCUACUGCUGCCGCGUCAUCUGGUGGACGCCGCUCGCCGCCGCCUCCCUGCGCCUCGCGUACGUCUACGGCGGCGAUUUCCCGCCGUGGCUCGAGGCCUACGGCCUGUACGGCCUCGGCUUCAAGUACCCCCUCGUGUCUCCCAUCUUCCUCUCGGUCCUUGUCCUCAUCGCCUUCUACACCCACUUCAAUUUGGAUCUCGUCCAGUACAACACGAAACUGCUGCGCAAGGCGGCAGCGAGAUUGCGCGCAGCCGACGCGGCCAAGCGUGCGGCGUAGAGCAAUCGCACAUCUCUACACUCUCCUAGACUGAGCGUGCGUGGUGUGUGUCCGAUCUAUCGUCGUCUCCUGAAGUGGGUUGUACAUUAGCCUCGCUCUUUUGACAUCGUGUGCACAGGCAGCA